AUGAUAACAGAACAGUGUAGCUUGCAGCCUAUACCAAAUGCAAACAGCAUAAUUAACAGAGCGGAGAUUCAACCUUCCCUCAAGGUUCCGACACUCCAAACAGCUCCUUCUCAACCUGUUGAUACCGAGAGGGAAGAGCAACUCUAUGAUCUUCAAAACGAUGAUGAAGGAGACAUCACAAGUUCUCAUGUCAACUAUGGCAACAACGAAAGUCCAAGGGAUGUUAUUGCUGACAACACAGAAGACCCUACGAAUCUGACGUUUCAGGGCAACCUUCAUUGCAGAAGAAUGGAUAUUAUGACGACGGGGACCCAAUAUACGAAUGCGAACAUUGUACUGCACGCAUAUGGUUCAACGAGAGGAUUGCGAAGAAGAGGUCCAAAACCAAGCCGAUUUUCACUAACUGUUAUAUGCAAGGCAAAGUCUAGCUCCCAUUACUGCAGCAGCCACCUCCAUUGCUCACGUAUCUCUUCAUCGGUGAUGAUGAAAUAUGCAAGCAUUUCAGAGAGAAUACGUGCAUACAACAUGAUAUUCUCAUUCACCUCUAUUGGUGGGAAAAUUGAUCAUUCAGUUAAUCAAGGCAGAGGACCAAGUAUAUUCCAGCUACAUGGAGAAAAUUAUCACAGAAUUAGUAGCUUGCUCCCCACGUCUGAAGAUAAAGCUAAGUUUUUGCGGCUAUAUAUUCAUGACACAGUGAACGAAGCUGCAAACAGAUUGUCUGCAUUAAGCAAAAAUGGAAAAAUUGAUAACAAACUAAGACCCGAGUUGGUGGAAGCUCUAAUUGAGAUGUUGGACAGCUGCAAUCCAUUCGUCGGAGCCUUUAGAUCAUACAGAGAUAGAUUCAAGGGAGAACCCCCUUCUGAUGAUUGUCGUUUGGUUCUAAUCGCAAACCGAAACAGAGACGCGAGGACUCACAACAUGCCGUCCAGCUCUGAAGUCGCAGCUCUAAUUCCCGCUCUGCAGUAUCCGUUUCUUUUUCCGUAUGGGGAGGAUGGGUUUCAGAUUGGGAUCGAUGAUGGUUUUCCUGACGAGAGAAAAGGAAAGCGCAAGUUUAUUUCGAUGAGAGAGUUUUCUGCUUUUAGGAUUCAGGACAGACCCUCCGAAUCACAAGCAAUUGUUCGUUCGAAACGUCUAUUCCAGCAGUUUCUGGUUGACGUUUACACCAUGAUCGAAGCUUGCCGUCUACGUUAUCUGCGGACCAACCAAAAGAAACUACGGUCUGAUAAGUAUGUCAACGUUGUUGAGGCACAGAACGAUGGUGUUACAGAUAUGUCUAAGCGAGGUAAAAGAGUUUUGAUCCCAGCUUCUUUUACCGGAGGUCCACGUUACUUGAAUAACAACUACAUGGAUGCGAUGGCGAUAUGUAAACAUUUCGGAUUUCCAGAUCUCUUCAUCACUUUCACUUGCAACCCCACCUGGCCAGAGAUAUUUAGAUAUUGCAAACUUAGAAAUCUAAAUCCAGAGGACAGGGCAGAUAUAUGUUGCAGGAUAUUCAAGCUCAAGCUAGACAGUUUAAUGUAG